AUGGAUUCAAAUGGCUCCGCGAAAAUUCCCAACAAACCCUCCGAAUGUAGCUGGCCCUUCGAUGACAUAAAGUUUUAUAUCACCUUUGCCAAAGAGUUUGACGAAAAACUUCACGAGCACUAUGUGAGGAGCCUGCAGAGCGGGCUGAAUGACAUGGAAAAUAUCGUCAACUUGUUGGAGAAUGAGGCGACCGACUUUCAGGUCGAAAUGGUGAAUCGUGCCUUCAAAGUGUCGUUGGGGUGAGACUUUUUUUAUCUUGUGAAUUUUUUUUUUUUUUUUUUUUUUUUUUGAGUUUUUCGGCGCUUCGACUCUUCGGGUCAACGAUACUACGGAUCGCCUCGGUUCAUCGUUAUAUGCAUGCCCAGGAGAAGACUUAAUUAAUGGAAAUAAUAAGAUUGAUUGGCUCCUAGGCUAGCUUAUCACUUCUUUUGAGGUAUUUUACAUGUACUCACAUCAAUAAUAUCAAGAUAAAAAAUACGGAUCUUCUAUUUUUGCCACAAAUUUUGGUCUUUUAUGUGUUACAGUAACUCAGGGUGAAGAAAAACAACCUUAGCAAUAGCUAAACUUACAAAAAAUGGACAUACUGCAAGUCUCCGCCGAGCGUUCGCCGAGCCUCCAACGGCUUUCUCAGGCUUCGUAGGCACAAUUGGGAAGCCAAAAGCAGGUUGUAAAAAGCGCUCCUAGGCCGGGCAAAGCCGCUGAAUGCUCGGCGAAGGUUCGGCGAAGAAUCGCCGAAGACUUACAAUAUCACCACUUUCUCUAAUUUUAGCGGUUAUUAACGUUAGGUUUUCUUUACCUUGAGCUUUUGUAACAUAUAAAAGACCAAAAUUUGUGGCAAAAAAAGAAGAUCCAUAACUUUUUUCUAGAUUUUUUUGAUAUGAGUACACAUAAAAUAUUACCUCAAAAUAGGUGGUGGACUAUCCUAGGACCCGAUUAAUCCCAUUAAUACUACUAACCAAGCCUUCUCUCAGCCUCCUUUAUGCAUACAAACGGAGGCGGUCCAUAGUAUCGCAGACCCAAAAAAAUCGUAGCGCCGCAAUUUCUACAGAACGAAAAAGCCAAAAAAAGAUGAAUAAAAUUUGGAAGCAUAAAGUAUCAAAAGGUAUCAAAAAUUUUUUGGCAGUAUUUUUGCGACACUAAGACGGAAGAAAUCAUGUUUUAUAGGUGAAUUUUGCAAUUUUGAACAUACCAAAAAAUAAAAAAAUUUUGAAUUUUUUAUCAAAAAAUCUCGGAAAUUUCUGCAAUUUCCGCUAAAAAAUUUAUUACAUCUCUUCGAACACUCUGCUCUAACUAGGGAAGUGUACAAACGAACCCUCACCAAAUGGCAAGUGUUAUACACCAUUGGAAAGCCCUUGAAAAAUGGUGAAAGGUACCAUUUUCAUUUUUUGCAGAAUGCCUCAGGGCAAAAAAUUAUAAACGGUUGAUUUGUCCCUUAAGUAGUUACAAUAUCUUCUAUUAGGCAAAAUAAAUGUUAUUUCAAAACGCUAAAUGGUACGUAUUACCAUUAGGUUGGCCUAAGAAUCAUUAUGAAGCUUGGCGCUUGCGAGUAAAACCAUUUUACAUAUGACAUUUACUGGUUUUAAACACCCAUAAGGUGAAAAAACACUUUUCACUUUUUUUAAUCUUGAAAAACAUGUAAGUUUGAUGGUUUUUACCGUAAUCGAUCGUCUCCCAGAAAAAUUAAAACCUUUGUAAAAGUUUAACGCAAAUAUUUACCUAACUGUAAGAACGCAAAAAUGAUUUUGCCCAAGCUGGGAACCGAACCCGGCUUGCUUUGGCUUAUCAGCCUGCUCCGCAACCACUGCACUAUUGAAGCAACCCUCUCCGAGGAUUUUUUCCUGCCCAAGAGAAAGAAAGAUUUUUGUUGCAGAAUGACCUAAAAAUAAUAUAAUUUACAGUAUGUUGUCGCGGAAAGUCAUUCUGCAAAAAAUGAAAAUGGUGUCUUCUACCAUUUUUCAAGGGCUCUUCAAUGACGUAUGUCACUUAUCAUUUGGUGAGGGUUCGUUUGUACACUUCCCUAGUAAGUUUCUGCCAAGUUUCAGCGAAAUCCACGGAUAUUCAAGUUUUCGUCGUGGGACCCAAAUUUGUGUUCCAUGACCGACGAAUUACAGUAGGGAGAUUUUCAAUCGUUCUCUUGAUUGUUUUUAUGAUUUUUUAAGUAAUGCCAAGGUUUCUAUAUGUCUAAAAAAUUACAUAUUUUUAGCGCUGCCGUUUUUCUCCUGAAGAAUUCGUUCGAAACGGUCAAAUUCGACGACUCCGCCUGUCAUAUUUGCCUGGAAUCCCAGCCAACCGAGCCAUUAUAUUGUCUGCAGUGCUUGCGGGUGAUCGGUUGCAAGAGUUGUAUGCGCGAAUGGAUCCAAACGCCCAAAAGAUUGAUGGUGAAAUGCCUGAAUUGCCAGAGGAAAUCGUUCGGCCGCUUCCCCCUAUUCUUCAGCAAAAGAGUGGAUGAGAAGAAAGCGGAGAAGACAGAGUAG